AUUCACGUCAAGAGUCAAUGGAAUGUUAAUAGAAGCACAUUCGCCUAGACAGAGCGAGUAAAUGAUUUUGAAUGUUUCGGUUCAGCAAGAAAAACGAUAACAUGGACAGCUCGACGGCAUUGCAGGACAAUAAGAGUGGAUUCAGUAAAGGUUCCAUCGCGGAUUUCUACGAUAAACUUGACAAGGAUGAAGGGGGACGUACGUUUGGCAUUGAAGACGCACCUCACGGAGGAUUAUCUCGCAUAGAAAACGGAAUGUCCGGCAAAGGAGAACAUCGCAGCUCGCCUAUUUCGUGUUAUUCACCUCAGAAUCGGUUGUUGCCGUGGCCUCCGCAGCAUGCCAACGAAAGUACGAGCUCGUCGGCCAGAAAGGCUCAGAAUCUCGGUUUGAUUUGUGUUGUAUGUGGAGACACAAGCUCGGGGAAGCAUUACGGCAUAUUGGCAUGCAAUGGGUGCUCAGGGUUCUUCAAACGAAGCGUCCGGAGAAAAUUGAUCUACCGAUGUCAAGCAGGAACUGGAAGUUGUACAGUCGAUAAAGCGCACAGGAAUCAGUGCCAGGCGUGCCGAUUAAAAAAAUGCCUUACAAUGGGAAUGAACAAAGAUGCUGUGCAAAAUGAGCGUCAACCUCGAAAUACAGCAACAAUCCGACCAGAGGCACUGCGGGAUAUGGAGCAGGGCCGGGCCUUGCGAGAAGCAGCCGUAGCCGUGGGAGUGUUUGGGCCUCCAGUGUCAUUGGCAUUACUUUCACCGUCCCGGUAUGGUCCCAGUAUUCUGCCAACACCCGCCUUACCGACUAGUCAAUUUCUGCACCACCACAGCCAGGUGUCCUCGCUGGUAAAUAGUCUACCACAUCACCAUCCCCAUCAUCCUCACCAUGCCGCUAUGCACGGUCUAGCGAACGGACUGUCGAUGAAUCUCAACGGUGUCGGUAUGCCGGGACACAAUGGCACGUCCGGUUUGGUUCAUUCGGCUGGAAAUAGCUCCGAUCGGGACCGAGAUACCGUAGUUCCUAUGAACAGUAGUAGUGGCGAUAGCAACAACAACAAGAAUCCUUCGUCUGGUUCGACCGAGAACCUCAAUACGGCAUCGUCCUCUAACCACUCGAUGGCCGGUGAUCAGUCGCCGAGUGGAGCAGGAUCACCGGCGCACGGGACAUCGGUAAAUGGGCUCGGAACGGGUGGUUGUCCAACUGGUGGCUCAAGCAUGGGGGCUGAGAAACAUCCCCAUCACAGCUCGUCGUCGUGUGGAUCGGCUAGUCCUAUUCUGGAGCAGGACAACAUGAACGAUAACGAUGAUGAUUCAAUUGACGUGACCAACGAUGAGGAUACGGAUCCGGCACAAAAUAACAACACCAUACCCAGUCUGAUGAAUCAUCCAUUUUAUGGCCAAGGACCGAUGUUUAACUUUCAAGAAACCAUUUAUGAAACCAGUGCUCGACUUCUGUUUAUGGCCGUUAAAUGGGCCAAGAAUCUUCCCAGCUUCGCAAGCCUUACGUUUCGGGAUCAGGUUAUCUUGCUGGAAGAGUCUUGGGCAGAACUGUUUCUAUUGAACGCCAUUCAAUGGUGUAUGCCGAUUGAUACUACUGCAUGCACGUUGUUCUCGUUGAACGAACACUGUAACAGUGCAAACAACUCUGGCUUCUUCAAACCGGGACAGCUUGCACAAGACCUACGAGUUCUGAACGACACACUCUGCCGCUUCAAGUCUGUACUGGUUGAUCCGGCCGAGUUUGCCUGCAUGAAAGCCAUCGUGUUGUUUCGCUCGGAAGCGCGAGGGCUCAAAGAUCCGGUACAGAUUGAAAAUCUCCAGGACCAAGCACAGGUAAUGCUGGCCCAACACUCACGGACACAAUUUCCGGGACAGAUUGCAAGGUUCGGACGGUUGCUGCUGAUGCUACCCUUGCUGCGAGCGGUCAACUCGCACAAAAUAGAGUCAAUCUAUUUCCAGAAAACGAUCGGCAACACACCGAUGGAGAAGGUUCUAUGUGAUAUGUACAAAAACUAAUUGC